GGCAUAAAUGGACUUAGGACAAUUUGGAUAUAGCACUAUUGAGAAUAGCGAUGAGGGAGAAAGGCUUAAAGCAAUUGAAGACUCUACCGAUACUAAAGUAGUUAUUCAAGAUCUCCCAGUGCUUGCUUAUUGUAAGAAUUGAAAGAAAACCAACUUCACUGAAGUUAAGACAGAGUGUGACUGAAGUGAGGUUCCCAUGUGUUUGCUGUAUAGCUUGCUCUUACCUAUAUGUUAUUGGUGAUGUACUAAUCAAAUGAGUCUGAUUAGGAAGACAUACCAUUAUUGUUCUCAGUGCAAGUUCAAGCUUUUUACAGUCGCUAAUAAUCUUGUAUUUUUUAAUCAAGUGGUUCAACAGAGUCCACAGGAUCUUGAAAUGGAGAGGAAACUUGCCAAAUCUGAGAAAAGACUUAAUAAAUCUAAAAUCGAGAAAUCUCAAGCAGAGUCCAAACUCAAAGAAAUAGAAAACCAGAAAAAUCACUUAAAAGCCGAAAUUGAUUCCUAAAAGCUCUCAUAUCCCCUAACUUCCUUGAUUUCACAAAUAC